GACGCGGCGCAACCCAACAGCCAGUGGGGCCGAUGUCCAUCACAUUGAAUUCACCGGAGUAAUCAGACGAGCUGCCUCGGAGUACUUGAUAGGCCCAAGACGCACCCAAGGGGAUCCAUGAGUACAAGGCUUCGACGGGAACAGCUAUACUUCGGCCGCUUCGUUGGUCGGGACAUCACUAAUCUUCUUUCAGGAGCUGCACUGCCGUGCAAUUGAUGACUGAGAUGAAGCACUAUAUAGGGACAGAAAAAGGAGGUUUCGCUUGGAAGAAGCUUUGUGGCUUUGACUCGGUCUCUCUCGAGACACUGCUCAUUGAGUACCAUGGACGACCUCAAGUUGAUCCUCGUGGUUGGCGGCACCGGCGCACAGGGUUUGCCAGUUGUCAAAGCACUUUCGGAUAGUGGCCGGUACAAUGCUCGGGUCCUGACUCGCAACACAAAAUCGGAUCGUGCACAAGCCCUUGCCGUCCUGCCGAAUGUCACACUGGUACAAGGCACUCAGGACAACCAAAAGGACCUGCAUCGUGCCUUCAACGGCGUUUACGGUGCUUGGGUGAACCUUGACGGCUUCGUGCUUGGCGAAAAGGCCGAGCUCUUCUACGGGCUCCGGGCCUAUGAAAUUGCUCGGCACGAGAAGGUCCAACACUAUAUCUGGGCUGCCAUCGAUUACUCUCUAAAGAAAGCCGGGUGGGAUGAGAAGUACCACGUUGGCCAUAACGAUGCCAAGGGGCGUCUUGGAGAUUUCAUUCUCGCCCAAGGCCAGAAGGCAAUGAAGAGCUCAUUAUUCACCACUGGACCGUACAUGGAUAUGCUCUUUGAUGGAAUGUUUCUCCCCAAGACGCAAGAUGAUGGCUCAUUGUUGUGGGAGGCGCCGGCAUCUGACGGGAAAAUACCUUUGAUUGCACUGCAUGACGUGGGUGCAUACGUGCUGUGGAUGUUCGACAACGUUGAGAAGACAGCGGGCAUGAAUCUUGAGGUUGUGACGGACCAGGUCAGUAUGCAGGACAUUGCUGACACUGCAGCACUUGUCACUGGGAAGAAAGCUCAUUUCCAGUUUGUGCCCAUGGAGGGAUAUCUGCCGAAGCGAGAACCGUAUCGCAAUGCUCCUGCCAAUUGGGCAGUCGGUCCGGAUGCGCCCAAGGACGAAUCUGCGAUGACAUGGAGGGAGAACUUCGCGGCAUGGUGGCGGUACUGGAGCGAAGGGCAUGGAGCGACGAGAGACAUGGAAUUUCUGGACAAGAUACAUCCGAAUCGGAUCAAAAGUUUGGAGGAGUGGAUGAGGAAGGUGAAUUAUGAUGGCCGACACCAGUCCAUUCUCAAGGAUCUCCACGACUUGCGGAAUUCUAUAGCAUAAGAGGGCAGGGCUCGACACCCUCUAAGCCUCUUCCUUGGUAUCCACAAAUUCGGUAGCUUUUGCUUGAGGGGCGCCUCGAUGGCCUUGCAACUGGACGCUCUCAAGGAAUUUCCGUAUCUCUGCCUCCUCCUCAUCAGUCAGCUCUACAUUGAGCGACGCCCAAUUUUGCUCCAAGUAUU